AUUGCAGCUCUUUCCAAAGCACGUGAUUCAUUUUUUCCCCAAGCUUCUAAACACGUGUGCGGAGUAGAAGAGUGUGUUGUUCACACAGUUUAAGCGUCAAGAAGCUCAUCUGCUGCUUCUGUGGGAACAUCUUUAAAAUGGCAAAAAGCCUUCGGAGUAAAUGGAAGCGAAAGAUGCGGGCAGAGAAGAGGAAGAAGAAUGCUCCAAAGGAGCUGAACCGUCUGAAACAAGCUCUGACCCUCGAUAAGAAAGGAGAAGUCGUCAUGACUGACAUUCAGGAGAUCGCCACAGUGGUGCCAGCUGAGAAGAUAAAGAAGCAGGCCGACGUUAACAUGGAGGAGGCAGAGCCUGAUGAUGGGAAGAUGGACAUGGACAGCAAGCGCAACAAGAAAACUCUUCUGGAUGAACAUGGACAGUAUCCGGCAUGGAUGAGCCAGCGGCAGGCCAAGAAAAUGAGGGGCAAACGAUUGGGAAAGAAAGGUGGCAAGGGCAAGAAGAAGAAGAAUGUUGCCUGGUAAACCACCAAACGGGAAGACCGUCAUUUUAGCUAUAAGACUCUGGAAGCUGAAACACAGCAUCCUUUUGUGAUAAGUGUUGUGUUUCUUAAUUAAAUUUCAUUGUGUCUGGUGGAUUUGAAGAUUCCCGGGCUUUGCCACAGAGCCUGAGAUCGUACAAAAGUUCACUGCAGAAACUGGUUUGUUCUCAUGGAACAGCAAAACCCUCUCUGACUUGAGAUCAGAGCACGGAAAACGUGUGUGUAGUGCGUCUGACUGCAGAAAUGUGAGUGGUGCACGUGUAUUCUCUGCCGCAAGUUAAGUCUCUAAACUCCCAUAAAAAAAUCUGUCCUAUGAUUUGUUCUGUUCAUUUUCUUGACAUCAUGCAACUCUUUUGCCCACCUCCAGUGGCUCCUGGAGGUGUGUCAAAAACACAGAAUUAUUAGUAUUUUAAUAUGAUUUAUAAUUUCAAUUGUUGUUUGUCACAACUUUAAUUCAUUACGCACAUUCUUUACAAUUACAGAACUGUGCAAAAGUGCAUGGUGGAUGCAGAUGUGAUGGUGCCUCUUUUAUCGUGUACUUGUCCGGUUUCCUCUUUUUAUGGACACACUGCAUGCACAACAUGCCAAGAUAUGCCGACAAUCACCUCGUUGGUGCAAAACUCCUAUUUCAAGCCCCUCACACUGUGUUAUCUUUGGUGUUUUUCAUACAUUCAACUAAAGAAAUGACAAUAAAUGAUGUUUUUGGUGACAGACUAGUAAACACAACUUAAAAUUA